GCUCAACUCCAUCCUUUAGACAUGUCUCCUAAUUUCAACUUUCUUCAUGCAACUUUGAUCUGUGUUCCCAGAAACCAUCAUGAGUAAAAAGAGAAACUUGAGCAUCUGAACCCAAGACAGUCUAAAAAAUCACACAAAGUUAGAGAAGCUCCCUAAAUUCAACCUGCUGUGUGCAAGCAAUUUCUAUGAAUUCUUGGGUCUAAAAAGAGGGGGAAAAAGUCUUCUUGCUCCAUACCGCAUCACCCAAAGUCGCUUAGCUGCCUGAUUGCACCCACUGCCUAAUGUAGAGCUCAUCUGCAGGUGAGAGGAGAGACUGGAACAGUCCUGACAACCACUGUUGAUGAACCUGGACACACUUCACUACCAGCAAAACUCAGUAAUGCUGAAGAAAACAGCAUCCUCUCUCUUCAAGCUGUCCAAAUGUAGCUGGGGUGGUCAAGCAGCUAGGCUUCUCACCAGCUGAGGCGGCUGAGACCACACAGAAUGGAGCUCUGGAACUCCACCUUGGUAAGUGGGUUCAUCUUGGUGGGGAUCCUGGAUGACAGUGGUUUUCCUGAACUGCUCUGUGCCACUAUCACAGCCCUGUACUUUUUAGCUCUGAUCAGCAAUGGACUGCUGCUCCUGGUCAUCAUCAUGGAUGCCCGACUCCACGUGCCCAUGUAUCUCCUACUCGGGCAGCUUUCUCUCAUGGACCUCCUGCUCACAUCAGUUAUCACUCCCAAAGCUGUUGUAGAUUUUCUGCUCAAAGAUAACACUAUCUCUUUGGGGGGCUGUGCCCUUCAGAUGUUUCUUGAACUGGUACUGGGUACUGCAGAGGACCUCCUUCUGGCCUUUAUGGCCUAUGACAGGUAUGUGGCCAUUUGUCAACCUCUGAACUACACAAUCCUAAUGAGUCACAAAGUCUGCUGGCUCAUGAUAGCCACAUCCUGGAUCCUGGCAUCCCUCAGUGCUCUAGGAUAUAGUAUCUACACCAUGCAAUAUUCCUUCUGCAAAUCUCGUAAGAUCAACCACCUGUUCUGUGAGAUCCCUCCACUGCUGAAGCUGGCCUGUGCAGACACCUCCAGAUAUGAACUCAUGGUUUAUGUGAUGGGUGUGACUGUUCUGAUUCUCCCUCUUGCUGCCAUCCUGGCCUCCUACUCAGUAAUCCUGUUCACUGUGUUAAAUAUGCCCUCAAACGAGGGCAGGAAGAAAGCCCUUGUCACCUGCUCUUCCCACCUGACUGUGGUUGGCAUGUGGUAUGGGGGUGCUUCCUUCAUGUAUGUCCUGCCCAGUGCCUUCCACAGCCCCAAGCAAGACAAUAUCAGCUCAGUUUUCUACACAAUUGUCACCCCAGCUCUGAAUCCCCUCAUCUACAGCCUGAGGAAUAAGGAGGUCACUGGGGCUUUGAAGAGAGUCCUGGGAAAAGGAUUGUCAACACAGCCCAAACUCUAG